AUGGGAGGAAAUUUUUGUGUUCUUAGACAGAAGGUUUGUUUUUUUAAUUUGAUUAUUUAUUCAAGAUAUAUUACAACAUCGGUUUUACAUAAAUUUUUUUUUUUUUUUUUUAAUUUACAGAAUUAUGAUGAAAAAGAACCCGCGCAAAAUAUUAAUUCCGGAAAAUCAGAUGUAGAACUAACAGAAGAUCGCAGUGAAAACUUAGAAAAAAAUAAAUAUAACAAAAUUCAGAAUGAUAAUAGCAAUAAUUCAAUUAAUUUGAAUAAAAAAAAUAGUGAUAAAAAAAAAACUGAAAAAGAUAAUCCAAGUAAUUUAUCAAUAUCAUGUAAUAGCAAAAAUGAAGAUCAAAUUGAAGAACAGAAAAAAAGCAUAGAUGUAUCUUCCAUGACUAUUAGCGACGUGACAGAAAAUAAUGUAAAAGAAGAAUCUAUAAAUACAAAAACAAAGUCUAAAACUAGUUCUAAUAAAUUAAUUAAAAGCAUAAAUUUUGCAAAAAAAUCAAAGACUAGUCCUGAUAUAUUACAUAAAAAUACAAAUAAAACAAAUAAAAUGAAAACCACUUUUUCCGAUAAAUUAUAUGAAAAAAGUAAAAAUAAAAUAGAAGCUUUAAAGACAAUUUACUUUGAUAAAUCAUUUUCAUUAUAUAGUAAUGUGUUUUCAACCAAUAAUAAGGGAUCCUCUGAUGAUUUUUUUAAAAACAAUGAUUACUCUAUAUAUUCAUCUGAAUAUAAAGCAUUACCCAUCAUUGGUGAUGGAAAUUUUAAAAUAAAAUUAGGUGGAACAAAAAAAUUAAUUUUUGAAAAGCAUAAAACAAUAAAGAGAUUAGCAUAUUCAUUAGAUACUUCAAGAUACAAUUAUAAUGAAAAUAAAAAAUUACCACUUAAAAAGUGUAAUUCUACUUAUUUUAAUAAAAGGGGAAUUGCAAUAAGUUUUUAA